AUGCAGCGAAGAGAGGAACAUCAGAGACAUCAGAGCGCCCGCAAAGGAAACGUAAACAGAAAGUCCCUCAAAAAAGGAGGAUCUUUUUGUUGUAAAAUAAUCAACUAACUUAAUUAAUGAUAAAUUUAUCAUUGUUUAUUUAAUUGAUAAACAGACGCUUACUGCUAGUAGUUAAUGUGAUAACCUUUCAGCCCGAAAAAGUGUGUGAUUCUAGUGUUUAGGCGUAAAUUUGACGGUGGUUCAGGAUGAUCGAUCCAAAUUUCAUUGAAAUUAAUGAAAUUAAAGGAUUUGUUACAUUUUUGCAGAGCAUUGACUGGUACGAUCCAUGGCUUAUCGGAUUGAUAGCAUUUCAUGUCUGCAUUACCUCGACUGCACUGCUGACCCGGAAUUGUGGCAAUUUUCAAGUCUUCCUGUUUUUUGUGUUGUUAUUGAUGGUUUACUUCUCCGAAAGCAUUAACGAAUACGCUGCCGUGAAUUGGAGGAUUUUUUCGAAACAGCAAUAUUUCGACGACAAAGGCCUAUUUAUAUCGAUAGUAUUUUCUGUGCCGAUAUUGCUCAACUGUAUGCUGAUGGUGGGAAGCUGGCUGUAUCAAUCUACCCAACUUAUGGCUCGUCUCAAAACAGCGCAACUGCGGCAACAAAUUCGCCAAUCCAACAGUCGUCAGAGGAUAAAACCAGAAAAGGAUGAAUGAAAAACACAGUCCCACAAUCCAACUUGAUAAAGAAAACCGAACCCUGUAGUAGAUUAGGCUGUUUUAUCACUUAAACCACAAUGUAUCGUGUUUAGCAAGUCUUCAUUGGAUCAUUCACCUAUUAGGUACCGGUAUUAUGUUUUGAUAUCGAAAGUAAACCACUAUCUUAUACAUCACUAUCGAAAGCUGACUUUGAAGUAUCUAAGUAUAAGUAUGUUGUCUAGUUCCACACUGCUGGCAGAAUUAUAUUCUUUAGGUUAUUAUUUCAAAUGUAGUGUGGUUGAACCAAAAACGAAAUAAAGGCGUUCUUGUCGCUUACAUCAGCCCAAAGCUUUAUGGUACGUGUAGUAGUAGAUCGAAAUCUUAAACGCCAAGAAAACGUGUAUUGCAAUCUGUCAAAGUUAUAAGGUACUAUCAAUGGAUCGAAUGUAGUACUAGAAGUGAUACCAAUUCUGAGCCUGACUACUAUGCCGUUAUUUCGUCUUUGGUUGAGGUAUGUGUCAUAAAAAGCUGGACAGAUACUGCGGCGAUGAAAGGCUGUUUCUUUCCACUCUCGGGUGGCAAGUCUCCCAAAUAAAUAUAUUUGUUUCAGGUUUCCAGAGAGAACUAAGUUUCUAAUACCUUCUUGUUCAGCAGGAGAAAUGAGAGCUACUCGCCAACUGAUAGCCGCCAUGAAUUAUUUAAAAAAUAUCGUACCGUGAUGAAGUGUCGAAUUAUAAAAACAAUGUAUUGUAGGACAUCUUAGAUGUAACCUGAUAAACCAGGGACGUUAUAUAUAAUGUUUGCUCGCAGAUAAUUGGAUCGGAUUCAAUAGGAGCGUAACUGCGGCCUUCACGUUUUUAUGGUUUUUAUCAGUAGCUUUGGCGAUAAUUUUGAUUCAAACUUGAUCCUGUUGACUAUUUCCAAUUGUUUCACUUAAGAGAUUGUCCCUAAGCGACAUAGUAUUUCAAGGAAGGACUUGAGGACAAGAGUUCGUACAUGAUUGCAUGAUGGGAAAUUUUCCCUUCUUUUGAAAAGAUUUUCGUUUUUUGUCCCUUCUCUUUUUCUCUUUUGCCUCUCGACCUUCUGUCCUUUAGCCCUGUUGUCCAAAUAUAAAAAAAUAUAUAUUCUGAUAUAUUCCGCAAUACGCUUGUUCUAUAUAACGACCUUGUCGCGUUUUUUUUAUGUAGGAUUACAUCUGUAGCCUGUGCUCACUGAAUCUAAGAAAGCAUAAAAGUGAAUCAAAAAUAUGAAUUGUGACGAAAAGCGUGUUAAUCCGAACUACUCUAUAAAAACGAGUGAACAUAUAUUUAGAAAAGUUUUUAGUAGAUGCAAGUUAAUAUGCUUGAUGUAAAAAAAACAGUUCAUUGUCAACUCACUAAACUCAAUCAGUUCAGCAGUUUUUUUCUCAAGUCAAUCAAAAAACCAUGUAUAUGGUAACAGUAAGGACAGAUGAUUUAAAUACCUCAUGUAUAUUUUGCUGAAACAUUUUAUUUGUGCUUAAUAUAAUCAUUUUGAUACGAAUGAAC